CUUUAAUAUCUAUGGGUUAACAAAAAAAAAAAAAAUUACUAUCUCUAUAAUAAUUAUUUAGUUUUUACUAUCUACGGUGGAUAUUAUUUGUGUAGUAUUGACGGUAUUGUUGUAACUACAAACUAUAAAUUUAGAUUCUUGACCUCGUGCUUUCAAAAUCAUUGUUUAGUGGAAAGUUGACUAUCAAUAUCAUUCGUGAUUAAAACAUUGUUAGUUUCAAUUCAAAAUGGACGCCUUUAUGAUGAUACAACGAAAAAAGCUAACCAUAUUCACUGAUGCUAAAGACAACAUACUGGUUGAUGAACUCAAAAAGAUUAUUGGAUGUAUCAUAAAAGUGGCACCAUCAAGUCAACAACUUUACUACAAAGAUGAAAUUAUGGAUGGAACAAAAACAUUGUCAGAAUGUGGUUUGAAUUCUACUAUUGCUAAGGCACAAAGUCCAGCUACUAUUGGUUUAGCAUUGAAGAUGGAUAAUGGAGAAUUUGAGGCUUUAGAAAUGGUACCAUACUCAUUGCCACCAGAAUUGCCAUAUGUCAUGAAAAAUCAAGAAACUAAUGGCCAAGAACCACCCAUGUAAACAGCAAUCACUAAAUAAUAUGUUCAAAAAUGGGUUUUUUU